AUCAACAAAUGCACCAAGGAACACCGGUACAGCUGAGUACGUGCAGUUCCACCAACCGCCAAAACGCCGAAGGACACCCGAAGUGCACAUGAAGCCGUGCGUCACUCGCGAAAGAAAGAAACCGGAGACAAGGCAUUUGAAAUAGUCGAUACGGUUGCAGACUAGCUUUCUACUUUCCCUAAUAUUGCAAGAUUGCGUCCAACAUCCCUGGACAUUCCUCAGGCCAUAACGUAGAUAGCCCCCAUUAUCGACGUUAUUAUCUGGGCAUAACAACAUUCUCUUUGUUGAUGCUGGUUAUCCGUUGGAGCUCCACCGCCUCCCAAACCAACCUUCGACUGGGGUUAUCGUCAUCAUCUAAUGGCCUCGUCGCCGGCGGCACCGCUGGGUCCUAUCCGCGGAGCGCUACGCAUCAUCGCAUACGCAAAGCUAUGGCUAAUUAUUGUCUGCGGCUUUAUUACCUUUGCGUUCUUUCUUUGGACGACGCCAACCCGAUGGUUCAAUUACCGCUCUGACGAGUUCGUUACAUGGAGGAACACCCUUGUGCUCCAAUACAACUUCGUCAAUGCCACCACCGGCAAGCAAACGCCUCUCCUCUCCAACUCUAUCAGCUUCGUGCUCAUCUGGCAGUGGUGCGGCACGCUGGCAGUGGCACUGGCUGCAGGAGGGUUGCACUGGCUGUCACAUGGCAACGGAAACUGCAGCCUCAUGGUGCUGGCCCAAACUGCCCCUGCACUGGAGUCGGCACGCCGCCCAAAGCAGCUCCGCCUUUCUCUUGUGGCUAGAGCCAGACGGGCCUCCCGGCGGCUGCACCACCUGCUGCACAUGCGGCUGCCCCCGCGGGGCCUGUGGCGGGCGCUGCUGGGCCCGGGCGGUCUGAGUGUGCUGGACCUGCUGCUCGUCCUCAUGUGGGCCGCGCUGCACGCCAUGUGGAUGUACGAGAUGACCGGCCGGGCGCUGGAGGUCAGGCGCAUGGCACCGCCACCGUUUCGAGUGCUUGCCCGGAGCUCCCCCGAUAUCAAGUCCCCUGCUGCUGCAGCCACCAACACCACCACCUCAAUCGCCAGCAGGGCUAUGCCUUCGGCUGCAAGUGCUGUCAACGUCACCCGUCGGCUGCUUCAAAUCAACACCACGGCAACCAAGAUGAACACGACAUCAGCAGCUACUUCCUUGCCUGCACCCGCCACUGCGAAGCCGGCCAAACCCCUUCCUCGUGCUGUGCAAGGGAGCGUGGCAAAGUACUUUGGGUGGGUGGCGCAAAUGGACAUCCUGCUGCUCUUCUACCCGCUCCCCCGCUGCAACUUUCUGCACUGGAUCUUGGGAUCUGAUUUCGCCACCAUGAUCAAGUACCAUAGGUGGCUGGGCCACGGCACUCUGCUAGCCUGCUCGCUGCACGGUAUCAUGUACCUGGCCCUGUGGACCCAUGAUGGCACGUUGUCGACCUACCUCACGUUCGGCAUGAGCGGCACCAACAUGGUGGCGGGGCUGGUGUCGCUGGCUGCCGGCUGGCUGCUGUGGCUCACCAGCAUCCCCGCCAUCCGCCGCUGGCUGUACAGCCUGUUCUACAUAACCCACUUGCUGGCCGGCACCGUGUUCCUGCUGUUCACCCUGAUGCACUACAAGGACAGCGCCGCGUGGAUGAUGGCAGGCAUCUUCCUGUACCUGCUGGACGUGGCCCUGCGCACGGUGCAGCAGGCCCUCAACUGGACGCGCCUCAGCCUGGCAGCGGACACUGCCUCGGGGGCCGCUGCCAGCAUCUCACCCGACGGCAGCCUGCUCACACUCUCGCUCAAGUGCGACGAGUCCUUGGAGUGGCACGGCUCGGACAUCGUGUGCCUCAAUGUCCCUGCCGUAAGCUGGUGGCAGUGGCACCCCUUUACGCUUGCCUCCUCCUCCAAGAUAACCUUUGCCGGCGGCGAGAAGCGGAUGGUGCUGCAUAUUAAGAAAUACAACCGUUGGACCAAGCAACUGUUCAAUCGUCUGGCUUCCGACGCCACACCGGUCAAGCUGUACGUCAGCGGGCCGUACGGCAGCGCUAACCGAAAGUGGUUGAAGGGUUUCGACCGACAGGUCUUCAUUGCCGGCGGCGUUGGGGCGACCCCCGCUCUGGGCAUGCUUCUGGAGCUCAUUGCCCUCCGUCGUGCCAGUUCCGGCGCCAGCGCGGGUGCCGGCAAUGGCAGCAGCUGCUGUGGCCGCGUGAGCUUCAUCUGGGUCAGCCGCAGCGAGGACGAGCUCAACACCCUGCCGCAGGAAAUACUGCAGGAGGCCGGCAGGGGUGAGGAGUCCUGGUUGGACAUCCACCUCUACCUCACCCACGCGCCGGCUCCCGAGCCGCCUGCCGCCUCUCAUGAAGUCACCUCCACGGACGGUAUCGCACUUCAGAUCGGCUCCCUGACCAACAGCGGUGUGGCAGCAGCAGUGGCGCUCAGCAUGCGGCCGCCAGCUGCAGCUGCCGCUAGCGGCUCCGCCACAUCCCGGCCCCUAGUGCACCCCUACAUGCUGCACCCGCUGCUGUGGAUGGCGGCGCUGUUACUGUGCUUCGGCGGCGGCUUCGCGGGGCUCAUGUGCGCGGAUGCGUACGACGCGCGCAUCAUCCGUACAGUUGCCGCACGCAGCGACUACUCGUACGUGGGCAUGCUGCAGUUCGCAGCGCUGGGCGCGGGGGCGUUCCUGCCGCCCGCGCUGCUCAUGCUGGCAGCGCACCUCUACUGGCGGUUUGUUGGCAGCCGCCGGCCACCCUCCCUACCCAAGCUACAGGACGACAGCUUCACUCUGGGCGCCCCCUCCGGCGCGCCCUCUAUCCUCCUCCGCUCACCCUGGGACGUCACCCGCCUGGGCAGCAUCACCGCCGCCAGCCAGUGCGCCCGGUCCUCCGUCGUCUCAAUUGACGUCGGCUCUAUUAGUGAGUUCGCGUUCGACACACCACCCAAGGACGUGGUGAAGUGCCGCGCUGCAGGAAGCGUCUGCGGCAACAGCGUCUGUGGCUUCACCACAUCCCGCCUCGAGCCCUUCCUGCAGCGCGGCCGCCCUGACCUGCCCUCUCUGCUGGCGGCCGUGGCGGAAUGCGGCUGCGGCGGUCCCGCUGCUGUGGAUGCUGCUGCUGUGGGUGCGGUUCCGCUCCCCUCGCAUCCCGAGUGCCCCGAGGACUGGCGUAUGGCUGUGUUUGCUGCGGGUCCCACUCCGCUGGUGGCGCAUGUGGAGGAGCUGUGCGCGCAGCUGAAUGGGGUGUGGGGCAGGGCGGGCCGAGCGUACCUGCAGGUGAGGGCGCUCACACAUGAGAUGUGAGGGCAGCAGGCGCCAGGGUGUAACCGUCUGGUGAUGGAACAUGUUUGUGGGAGUAAGAUGUCUGGUUGAACUGCAGUGUCAUGCGCUUAUAAUGUGCUGCUCGUGACCCACAUAGCAGCACUGCCGUCGCACGGACGCCGUGCUGUGCGCCGCCGGUGUGCCCUCCGGUGUUUGUUGUCAAUUUCCCUUGCCGUACGUAUUGCAGUAGUAAGCUGUAGUAGGCCACACUUGGCCAGGAUUUGUGCAAAACCAUGUGUGGACGACUCGCAUCAAUGCCGCUCUGUUGUUUCCAUGUGUAGAGGCUCCAUGCAUGUAUGGUUUGAGCAGCGCCGGGCGCAGGUGGAAAGGUACGCGCUGCACUGCACACGGUGUCGGGGGCGUUUCGCUGUUUCGUGUCGGCGUGCAGCGGGUGUACAUAUGUGAAUUGUUAGCAAGGCUGGCUGCCAAACACCAAUAUUCAUGCUAAUCAUGCAUUGCCGUGGUGGAGUAUACACGUAUUGCGCGUUCGUGGUUCCCCGUGUCUAUGGUCUGUUGGUUCGGUCGACCUACCUGUUGCGACUGCGUUAUAACCCCGUGUGAUUCUGCCCUUGAGUUGAGGUGCUGCAGCCCUUGUGUAUGCGCUUGCGUAGCAUUGAGCUAUUGUUCAAUUAUUUAUGUGAGGGGCGAAGGCGGAUGUGCCAUUCUCGUAGGUUGAAUGGAAGGCAGACAACUACUAAAAUGUGCGAGAGUGCGACACGUGUUCAUAGUCCUUGUCCCCUGCCGUCGCCCACUCCGCCGUUGGCCAGUUUGUUUGGAUGCUGGACCCUGUUACCUCGCUGGGAUAGAAUGCCUAGCUGGAAGCGUAGUACAGGCAAGGGGUUGGCUACCAGUCUUGUAAUACCUGCCUUUCCGUCAACGAUGUUUCUAGAAUGACAGAUUGGGUUUGUACCCGUUCCACAUGGGUCAGUGCCCAGCUGGUGUCCUCGAGCAGCGCUGUGUUGCAUCAUUUUGGGUGCGCAGUCAACUUGGUUGCAUGUAUUUCGGCUGGGCCUCUGUCGGCCGGGGCGGUACUGCUGGGGGCUUAUGAGCAGGCCG